AUGGCUUUGAACUCGGAGCCUUUUCAUCUGGUCGAGUUUUGGAUUCCCUUCUCAUGGUCACUAGUGUGGAAAGUGCUUGUGACGAUAUUUUUGUUAAGCAACUUCAAGAGUCUCCCAUUCGCAUGGCAUAUUCGUCUACUCCGAGGAUAUCGCUGGCUACUACGAUCCAACAGACCCAAAGAUGGACCUUCUCCAGCUAAGCUAUUCCAACCGAUGAUACUUUCAUCCGGAAACUCCCUUGGUGAACUUGAUUACAACUUGCACAAGUCAAAUAGCACAUACUUUGCCGAUCUAGACAUUGCUCGCGCCCAUCUGAUGUGUACCCUCUUUUCAAGUGGCGUCGACUACGCCCGCAACGCGCGUAAACGAACCGGGAUUCUGGGCGUCUCAGACGACCUUAUCGGCCUGGCGCUUGGCGCAGUAAGUUGUACUUUCCGAAAAGAAGUGAAGCCCUUUCAAAGCUACGAAAUUUGGACUCGUGUACUCUCCUGGGAUGAGAAAUGGAUGUACACAGUUACCCACUUCGUUCGCAAGGACACACAUCGGCCACGCAGCUUUACGCUAUUGCCGCCAAACUACUACAGUCCGCGACAGGGAAAACUCAACGAUCUAGCGAGAAAGGAAGAUGCAAUAUUUGCAUCAGCCUUAAGUAAAUGUGUCUGGAAAAAAGGCCGCCGGACUGUUUCACCUGAAAUUAUGCUGCAAGUCUCUGGGCUUCUGCCACCGCGACCAGGACAAGAAGAUUUGGUCACCAGUUUGCGCAACGAACCGCUUGAGAAGCUCACUGUUUCCAAAAAAUUUGAAGAAUACUACGAUUUGCCCUUCAAGCUCGUUGCAAACAUUGAAAAUACCUGGGAUAUGCUCAAGGACAAAUUUUCGCUGGAGACAACACAGAAUAUCGAAGAGGAGGAAGGCCGUAUUCGUAACGGUAAGACUCAAACGCAAUCACAGCAAGACUGCCAACGUGCCCGAAAUUCUAGAGGCGAGGAAUGGACUUGGGAAAGAGUGGAGCAAGAGCGUCUACGCGGCAUGGAUAUCGCCAGGAGCCUGGCGGAAAUGGAUCGGCUGCAUGGUGAGUUCACCGCUGAUACGGACGCCUUGUCUUUGCGGCAGGAUCUGUGGUGA